GCAAACCGCUUCUGCUCGGCGGACUCAAGUUUGAUAUGCGAAUGUAUGUGCUCGUAGCAGGAGGCUCGAUGGGUGAGUGCCCGCCAUUGAUUCAACUUUGUCGAGAAGGUCUUGCGCGUUUCUGCACGGAAACGUACGAAGAGCCGAACCAAAAGAACAUGCACCACUGCAUGGGUCACCUCACCAACUACUCGUUGAACAAACGCAGCCACAAAUUUGAGCAUUGUGGCCAAUCCAUGGAGGAGGUCUUUGGGGAUGAGAAUACCUCAUCGAAGAGACCCUUGACCGUCUGCCUAAGGCAACUGGCUGAGGAGUAUUCAGACUUCGACAUUGAAGCCUUCUACAGUGAUGUGCAGGUGAUUGUUCAAAGGAGCCUUGCUGUCAUGGCGCCAGUAUUGCUGAGCCGAACCCGCUCAGAAGAUUGCCUAGAGGCAGGGAGGCAAUCUUUCCAGAUCUUUGGUUUUGACAUCAUGCUUGACCAGAAAUACAAGGCCUUUCUUUUGGAGGUCAACAACUCCCCGUCCCUGUGCGUUGACGAAGCCUUGCCGGUGGACGCAGAGCAUGACGCGGCAAAGCUUGCGAGCAAAAACCGCGAGAGGGACAAACUUUGCCGAUGUAUGGAUAUGGCGCAAGUCCACUGGCAUCAAACGUCCUUGGUCGACCUGGAAACAAAAUCAGCUAUGAUGCAAGGAGCCUUUAAAGCUUUGGAGCAGCUCCACCAAGGUGUUGAACCAGCAGUGGAGAAUUAUAUUCCGGUCCCUUUUGACCAUGAACUUUGGCCGCUCUUGGCCCGACUUGAAGCAGUUUACAGCCGCUCCGGGGCUAAGAGUUUCACGAGCACCGGCCUGCGCCGAAUUUUUGAACCUCUAUGCGGAGAUAAGCUGCAGAAGCACGCUUGGCGCUGUGCCUCAAAUAGCGCGGCGGCGGCGUUGGCGCAUUCCAAUAUUCGUGGGCCUGCGCGCCCACCCAGCACAAGGUGUUUUCUAAUAAUGCCGACUUGGCACUCGAACCCCAGGCAGUGAAUCGCCGCUGCAUUUCUGCUCUACUCCCAUCACAUUCAUGCGUCUGACCAUUUGACACGGCAGAUCUUGACAUUCUCGCAAAUCGCUACCGCACUACCAACUCUGCGGCGCAUGACAAAGCAGCUGGCCCCGAUGCUUUGAGAUUUUUCGA